AUGAAACGGCAAGUAGCGUUUUUCACCUCCUUGCUGUUCAUUAGCGCUGCAUUCGCCCAAAUCAACUAUUCCAUUGAUGAGGAAAUGCACGUUGGCUCUUUAGUGGGAAAUAUAGCCGAGGAUUUGGGUAUUGGCGUAGAAAGGUUGAAGUCGCGCAGUGCUCGUGUUUAUUUUGGGGAAAGCAAGCAAUAUAUAGAGCUGAAUAAAGACAGGGGCGUUCUCCUCAUCAAGGAGCGAAUAGACAGAGAAGCGCUUUGCGCACAGUCUAUGCCGUGCGCGUUGCACUUCCAGAUUAUUCUAGAGAAACCCAUCGAAUUUUACAAAAUAUUCGUUGAGAUUGUCGAUAUCAAUGACAACUCUCCUGCCUUUGAGAAGAAUGAUAUUAAAUUCAAAAUCAGUGAAUCUGCAGUGAUAGGAUCAAAAUUCGAUUUGGAGCAGGCAUUGGAUCUUGAUGUUGGAAUUAAUGGUCUUCAAACAUACGUUCUCGAACCGUCUGAUAAUUUUGAAUUAAAAAACCACAAUCAGGUUGACGGCUCCAAAAGUGUAGAGAUGGUUUUGAAGCAAUCUCUGGACAGGGAGAAAAAGGAACAUAUGCAUCUUGUGUUGACGGCUGUUGACGGAGGGCAGCCACAGAUGUCUGGCUCAAUGCAGAUCCUCAUCAAAGUAUUAGAUAUCAAUGACAACGCACCCAUUUUCACAAAGCCUGUAUACAAAGCUACUGUUGCAGAAAAUACAUCGAAAGGCACAGUUGUGACUGUAGUUAGCGCAUCGGAUGCUGAUGACGGAGUCAAUGGUAAAAUAACAUAUUCGAUCAGACACACAAUGGAUGAUGUGAGACAUUUGUUUAAUAUAAAUGAAGAUACUGGGGAGAUCACGCUGAUCGGAACUUUAGACUAUGAAAAAGCUCGCAACUAUCAAAUUAAUUUGCGUGCAAGUGACGAUGGGGGACUAACAGACAGUUGCAAGGUAAUUGUUGACAUUGUGGACGUGAAUGAUAACAGCCCACUGAUUAAUGUCAUGUCUAAGACAAAUAUAAUAUCUGAAGAUGUUAAAAGUGAAACUGUUGUAACAAUAAUUAACAUUCAGGACCAAGAUGAUGGUGAAAAUGGCAAAGUGGAAUGCACUAUUAAUCCUAAUAUUCCCUUCUUGCUUAAAUCGACUGAUAGUAAUUUCUAUAGUUUAAUGACAGAUGGUGAAUUAGACAGAGAGAGGUCAUCAGAAUAUAAUAUCACAGUAAUGUGUUCAGAUGAUGGUGUGCCCUCCCUCUCCAGCAGUGUCAUUCUCACUUUACACAUCUCAGAUGUGAAUGACAAUGCACCUACCUUUGACAGUAGCUCUUAUGAGGCUUCCAUUGUAGAAAACAACACACCUGGUCUUUCUAUAUUCACUGUAAGAGCCAGUGACGCUGACUGGAACCAAAAUUCUCGCAUUUCUUACAUCCUGGAGGACUCCUCUAUUAAUGGGGUACCAGUCUCUUCAUAUGUAUCUGUCAGUGCGGAGAGUGGAGUCAUCCACGCAGUUCGUUCUUUUGACUACGAGCAACUCAAAGAAUUCCACUUUCGCAUCAGAGCUCAGGAUGGUGGCUCCCCUCCUCUGAGCAGCAAUGUGAGCGUGGCCAUCCUGAUUCAGGAUGCCAACGACAACGGGCCUCAGAUCUUGUAUCCAGUCCAGACGGGAAGCUCAGUGCUGGCUGAAAUGGUGCCUCGUUCGGCAGAUGUGGGAUAUCUGGUGACUAAAGUGGUGGCUGUGGACGUGGACUCCGGACAGAACGCCUGGCUCUCGUAUAAAGUGCACAAAGCUUCAGAUAGGGCGCUGUUUGAAGUGGGCCUCCACAAUGGAGAAAUAAGAACCGUCCGCCAAGUGACUGAUAAAGAUAUUGUCAAACAAAGACUGACUGUUGUAGUGGAGGACAACGGGCAGCCUUCUCGUUCAGCCACUGUCAUUGUUAAUGUGGCAGUGGCGGACAGCUUCCCUGAAGUGCUCUCAGAGUUCACUGAUUUUAGCAUGCAUGACAAGGAGUACAACGACAAGCUGACUUUUUACUUAGUCUUGGCUUUGGCAGUGGUCUCCUUCCUCUUCAUCACUUGCUUGCUACUUAUCAUAUCAGUCAAAGUGUACAGGUGGAGACAGUCUCGAAUCCAUUACCAUUCCAAUUUGCCUGUAAUUCCGUAUUACCCGCCACGAUACUCAGAUACUUUGGGAACAGGGACUCUCCCACACGUGUACAAUUAUGAGGUGUGCAGGACCACUGACUCCAGAAAAAGUGACUGCAAAUUGGACAGGGCCGCUAGUCACAAUGUUCCUGUCAUGGACCCAAGUUCUACUGGGACCUUGCAGAAGAUAUACAGAGAGAAGAGCAUCCUGGAUGAACCUGACUCUCCUCUUGAGGUUGGUCACUUGAGCUAA